GUGCGCACACGCCAUAGUUUACUGAGUGAGAUUAAUUGUUCCCCCUUGGCUUGAUACUUUGGCUUCGGUGUACGAGAUCUUCCCGAGGCCAUCUGGUCCUCGGUCUAGCCCACAAAGUUGUGGGCCGUUUGAAUUGUUGAUGCAGUGGAUACAGGGGACGCGCGCCUUGGCCGGCGUGCAUGUCCUUUGUAGAACGCGACAGCGAUGGCCGGCUGCGCAGCGGUUACUACCUGGUCUGUGCCUGAGAGGCUUUCGGAAUGGAACCGCAAUUCAGCCCAGCAUUUUCCCUCCCGUUCGCGUCUACUUGGCUAGGCAUACGUCAACUACGACAACGAAUGCGAAUCUGACAAAAGGAGACACAUCUAAGGCGGCGAACUCCCCCAUAAAGCUCGAUCACGGCCCCAAUGCCACGAUUACUGAUGCUCCAUCAUCGCCAGGCUCCGCAAAUUUGUCACCAGCUCAGCAGAGAAAGGUUGACAUGGCAAUCAUAAAGGAUCUACUGGCCAAUGUAUGGCCUAAAGGACAUCAGGAUACAAAAAUCAGGGUGGUUCUGGCACUUUCUCUUUUGAUUGCAGGGAAGCUCCUGAAUGUCCAAGUUCCAUUCCUCUUCAAGGCCAUCGUUGAUGGUUUAAAUGUCGAGUUCACAUCUGAGUCAACCGUAUGGGUGGUUGCGGGUUCGGCGAUUGCUGGCUAUGGACUUGCGCGAAUAUCUGCUACCCUUUUCUCUGAGUUCAGAAAUGCAGUAUUUGCCAAUGUAGCCCAACGCGCCGUGCGACGUGUCGCCAGUGAUACCUUUAACCAUCUACUACAAUUGGACUCGAAAUUUCAUCUUUCGCGUCAUACAGGUGGACUGACGCGAGCUAUUGACCGAGGAACGAAAGGGAUAACAUUUAUACUUUCGUCCAUGAUUUUCCAUGUCCUGCCAACGGCUUUGGAGAUUAGUAUGGUUUGUGGUAUCCUGACAUACAAGUUUGGCUGGAACUUCGCCGCGGUUACCCUAGGUACCAUGGCAAGUUAUACUUGGUUCACCGUUUCAACCACUGCAUGGAGAACUAAGUUCCGCCGGGAAGCCAACAAGGCAGAUAACAAAGCCGCAGAUGUUUCUGUGGAUUCUUUGAUAAAUUUUGAAGCCGUUAAACAUUUCAAUAACGAGAAAUUCGAGGUCCAGCAGUAUGACAAGCAUCUUGCCACCUACGAGAAAGCUUCCUUAAAAGUUGCAACAUCGUUGGCAUAUUUGAAUUCCGGGCAAAAUGUGAUAUUUUCAACCGCAUUGACAUUGAUGAUGGUUUUGGCGGCCCAAGGCGUAAUAAAAGGCACCAUGACUGUUGGUGAUCUCGUUAUGGUGAACCAGCUGGUCUUCCAGCUUUCUCUUCCUCUGAAUUUUCUUGGAAGCGUAUAUCGCGAGCUAAGGCAAAGUUUGCUCGACAUGGAAACUUUGUUUAAUCUUCAAAAGCAACACGCACCAAUAAAGGAUUCCCCUGAUGCCAAACCAUUAGUCCUUCAUGGUGGCUCGAUACGGUUUGAAAACGUCAAUUUCGGGUACAAUCCCAACCGAAAACUCUUUCACGAUCUCUCCUUCACGGUUCCAGCGGGCAAGAAGGUUGCAAUUGUCGGCCCCUCCGGCUGUGGGAAGUCUACCGUUUUCCGCCUCCUCUAUAGGUUCUACGAGCUCGAUUCUGGUCGCAUUUUAGUCGACGACCAAGACAUCUGCAAUGUUCAGGUGGCUAGCCUACGUGAAACUGUUGGAGUAGUACCUCAGGAUACGCCUUUGUUCCACGCAGACGUGAUGCACAAUAUCCGAUAUGAAGUAUUCGAAGUUGCCAGGAAGGCAAACGUACACGAUGCAAUCGUGCGUCUACCUGAAGGCUAUAAAACUCAAGUUGGGGAGAGAGGUCUCAUGAUCUCCGGGGGUGAGAAGCAGAGGCUAGCGAUUGCUCGAGUUCUGCUCAAGGACCCACCAAUCUUGUUCUUCGACGAAGCGACGUCAGCCCUUGACAGCAAAACAGAGGCUGACCUAAUGCGCAACAUCAACUCCUUGCUUCGCGAGAAGUCCAGAACGAGUAUUUUCAUCGCGCAUCGACUCCGCACUGUCGUAGAAGCAGAUCUGAUCAUUGUGAUGCGGGAUGGCGCAGUGGUGGAGCAAGGGACUCACGACAAGCUUCUUGCCUUGGGCGGCCUUUACGCAGACAUGUGGAAUCAACAGGAGGGCGAAGAUGCUCUGGACGCUGCUGCCAGGACGAUAUCCUGA